UUUUUUUUUUUUUACACAGUUCAUAGCAGCUCUCAAGAAAGCUACUUUCCUAAAUUGAAACACAAAAACGUUCAUGAUCUGGAAACAUCAUUCUUCCCUACUUCCUUGUCACGUGAUAUUAUGCUAAACAAUUAGCAUCCAAUGAUGAGUACACUGGCGAAGGCAUAGAUGGUCAUUGUGAAGGCCGGCACGAUGGAAACGACUGCAAGAGCGGUACUCAUCCUACUUCUCGACGGAUGUCGUCCGAUUCCGAGAAACCGAACUACGUACGCACUUCAUUUCGACAUCACUCUGGCACAUACAUCCAUACGAAUCGAAAGCACAGCUAUCCCUCUGCCUUUCUUGAAAGCUCGUUUUCUUGACCGUUCAUACCUCUUGCGUAUUCGUAUCGUCAGCGUAGGAGAUCAACAUCAAUCACAAGAUAGCUCUUCGACAUACACCAGCAUGGAUAAUCUGCAUUGUCUUCUAUACGAUGACUGGGCGGAUCUCCACGCUGCCGACGCCUCGCACCGAGGUCCGUUGUUCUCGUCAGAAGAGUCGAAGGAAAUCGAAUCCCUGUUAACCGUCCCGGUAUACCCAGUCUAUGGUGAACGGGCGGACUUCUGCGCUACCGACGCCUCGCACCCAGGAACCUCCUGUGUAAGCUACGGGCAAACACCAGUCAACUCACACGUACGGCGGGCGCAAACGCCUCUUCGCAGCGAAGGCGCCUCUCCUCCUAAACCCUUUGUCCAAGCAAAUAUGUGCUUUGGUGAUCCGGGUGACCGGAUUGGAACCGCACGCGGUUCCGAAAGGUACUACAAGGAAAUAGGCGCUUAUCGAAACAUCUCGCCAUGGCAGUCGUCCUCUCUACCGUUUUUUUACUUUGCUCUACCGUUCUUGGAAGAAUAUGUCACCCCGUCACUACCUUCGCAUAUGCAUCCUUCGUCGAGCAAAAAUGUUGCAACCGAAGGACAGGCCUCUCACAUCCCAACCUACAUCAUCGGCAUCGGCGGUAGCCCUUCGAGUGGCAAGUCAACACUAGCCUCACACCUCAGCUAUGUAUUCAAAAAAUUCGGACCGCUCAGUAGAGUCUUUAUCAUCUCGCAAGACGCCUACCUCCUCCCGUCUGCACAUUGUCCACAAAUAACUCUGCAAAGUGGGAAGCGUGUUGUUCACAGAGACUGCUUGUUCUCAGUUGAUUGGGAAGACAUGUUAAAAGAUGUCAAUAAUCUGACAGCAGGCAACAAUGUUUCCGGGCCGGAUCGAAUCAGGGAGACAGAAGCCACUGGAAAGGGCUGCAACGCUGGCAUGUCACAUAUGAGCACUAUUGAUAUUAAUGACGUUGUUCGUCAACGAAAGACAACUCUCUCGAAGGCGAUCAAACUAGGUCUUGGGAGCUUCUAGCUAGCUCGCUUUUGUUCCAAGACACUCACAGACUAUUCAGAGAAUUCGACAUCCUUGCCGUCACAGCUAAUACUGAUCGAAGGCCCCCUCAUGAA